UAUCCAAAGGACCUUCACCUCGGCAGCGAAACCGAGAGUAUCAGCAUCGAAAAUAAAAGAUGGAAAACGAAGGAAAAACGGUACACGUAACUCGAAGACGCCUCUUGUCGAGCUGUCAAACCGGUGAUAAAAAGGCGUGAAACGUGUCCUCAGCAUCGAUCUCCUCGUUCCCAGAGCCGAGAGGCGAGUGAAACGAAUCUAAAAGAGCACCCACCUCGUAUUACGAAGCUGAUCUUGAUCUUGGCCGUUCACCCAAACCACGUUCAGCUUUCAUUAAAACGACCACAAGCACGGUAGGGAAUUACGGCGUCGCGGUCGCAGAAAAAGAGGAAACGAGCAAAACGAUAGAUCGAGGUGAAGGGUAGAACGAGACACGUGGAGGGGCUGGUUGGUCCUCGCGCUUUUUGCCACGUCUUCUCUAUUAACGACACCGUGCUAAGCCUCCUUUCACGUGCGCCGGCAACGGGUGCAAAGGAUUCCCUUUCAUUCUUAUCCAACUCCAAUCACGUACGUGUAUAAAAGCGGCAAGCGUGUACACCACCGACAGCAGAUCAAAACCGCGGCUUAAACCGCCAACUAGAUCGCGAACGAGGAACCGGUAGUUGGUCCUCCGCCAUAGUCUGCCUUUCCAGCUCAGUCGAUUCCCGAGGGAACUACACGAUGACCAAGCUCGCGGCGUUCCUCGCGAUAGCCUCGUUGCUCAAGUUGGCGUCUGCAGGCGGACACCACGGUGGACACGACCACGUGGUGAUUCACGUGCCCUACAAGAUCAAGACCAUCCACCACACGCACACGAUAACAAAGCACAUCCACCAUGGCGGUGGAGGCGGUGACAAGUACGAGGUGCUGGGCUACACCGUCGGACAUCCCAUAGAUUUAGGCCACGGUGGUCUCGGAGGUGGCCACGACCUUGGAGGCGGUGGUCACGACCUCGGAGGUGGCGGCGAUUUCGGAGGUGGCCAUCUGGGAGGUGGUCACAUCGAGUACAGCGGUGGCGGCGGAGGCGGCGGUGGCCACAUCGAGUACAGCGGCGGUGGCGACAUAGGCGGAGGAUACGGGGACGGAGGACACGGUGGUUUCGGUGGAGGCGGAUUCGGAGGUGGCCACGAAGAUUGGGGUGGCCAUUAAAUGUCAAGAUUUGUCUCGAUUUUAAGAAGGAACGUGGUGGUUUCUACGUUGUUGGUUUUUCGAAACGUCGACUCUUGAGAUAUUUAUUUUGCCUUAACACUGAGACGAUGGGUCAAUUAUGAUCAAUCGAAAGCAUAAUUUUUUAACGUAUCGCUGAAGAAUUUUUGAAUUUCGAGUCUUCGCUAUGCGAGGAUAGAAAAAGUUACCUCAAUUGCAAUUUUAAUCAAUGUUACAUAUGCAUAUGUGACACUUUCGUGCGAGACCAUAACUUUUUGUUCGUAUACUUCAAAAUGAGAGCCAUAGCUACUAUAAACGUACAUAACUGAGUGGUCUAUCUUAUUAAAUAGUAACUAUUUAUUACAAAGAGUUGAAAAGAGUCGUGACGUUUCGAAGAAGCAACCAGCACCCCCCAAUCGCACGACACUUUCACCCUCCAUCGAGGGAGAUCGUUUUAGAGAGAUUAGCUGUUUCUUCACUUUGACUGGUGUUUCCCGGGGGAUGCUGAUCGACUUCAUCACCCUGUAUCUUACCUCUCGUCCUAGUCUCUCAUCCAUCCGUUGUUAUUCAUCGCUCGUAUUAUUAAUGUAAAUAUUGUUACCAAUUUACUAUUGUUUUUACUGCUGUUAUACCGCUAUCGUUGUUUAACCGCGACACGAUCUAUGUAUAUUAAGUCAUGAAAGUUGAAUAAA